AUGUUCUUCGGUCUCGGCGCCAAGAACGACCUCCACGCCCGCCGCGUCCUCUUCUACUGCCUGACGCACAUGGAUCCGCAGGAAGCGGUCGAGGUCAUCCUGGAAGGGACGAGGAAGGAUCCCUACCACGUGCCGACCCAGUUUGAGCUCGCCUCCUGGCUCGUGGGCCGCAUCAAAGCCGGUGAGGCAGCCGCCCUCCGGACUUUUCAGCAGGUGAUGCAACACUGGGAGCCGAACCUGGUGGCCAACACCCGGAACCAGAAGGCCCUCUGGAUCUUGAACAAGUUCCACCGCGCCCUCGGGGACGAGAAGACGGCGGAUCGACACUUCGACCGUCUGGUGACGCUCAACGAGAUGGGGAUCGACCGGUGA